AUGAGGGUCCUGGUCUGCCUCCUCGCUGCUCUGAUGGGGACCCAGGCUGUCGAGCGGCUGCGCCUGGCCGAUGGCCCCCACGCCUGCGCCGGCCGGCUGGAAGUGUGGCACGCGGGGCGCUGGGGGACGGUUUGUGACGAUGGCUGGGACCUGAGGGACGCCGCUGUGGCCUGCCGGGAGCUGGGCUGUGGGGGAGCGCUGGCCGCCCCUGGAGGAGCCUUCUUUGGGGAGGGCACCGGACCCGUGUGGCUUAGCGAGCUGGCCUGUCGGGGCAGCGAGAGACAGCUGGGCCUGUGCCCUCACCGUGGCUGGAAGGCACAUAUCUGCUCUCACGAGGAGGACGCAGGCGUGGUGUGUGCAGGCCAGCGCAUGUCAGCCAGCUCCAGGGACCAGUCAGCCUUCCUCGUGGAUGGGGACCUGUGGCGGGGGUUGUCUGGGGAGGUCAGCCCAGGGUCCGAGGUGCCCUCUUCGACACCUGCUCCCCGCCCAGCAGGGAACCCCCAGAACAGUGGUGGCCCCCGGAAGAAGAACCCCCGACCACCCAAGCAGGCCAAGUCCACCAGGGCCCCGGUGCUGAGCACGGGGGCUCCUCGCCAAUAUCGGCUGCGGCUGGCUUUAGGCCCCCAUGCCUGCGCCGGCCGGCUGGAAGUGUGGCACGCAGGGCGCUGGGGGACAGUUUGUGACGAUGGCUGGGACCUGAGGGACGCUGCUGUGGCCUGUCGGGAGCUGGGCUGUGGGGGAGCGCUGGCCGCCCCUGGAGGUGCCCGAUUUGGCCCAGGCUCAGGGCCCGUGUGGAUGGAUGAUGUCGGGUGUGGAGGUGGAGAACAGGCCCUCCGCGACUGUCCACGAAGCCCCUGGGGUCGGAGCAACUGUGACCACAAUGAGGACGCAGGGCUGGUCUGCACUGGCCCCGCCCCCCGGCUGCGCCUGGCAGACGGCCCCCACGGCUGUGCUGGACGCCUGGAGGUUUGGUACGAGGGGCGCUGGGGCACCGUCUGUGACGACGCCUGGGACCUUCGCGAUGCUGCCGUUGUCUGCAGGGAGCUGGGGUGCGGAGGCGCACUGGCCGCCCCCGGAGGCGCCUUCUUCGGGGAAGGGGCUGGGCCCAUCCUCCUGGAUGACCUUCGCUGUCGGGGCAACGAGACAGCCUUGAGAUUCUGCCCGGCUCGGGCUUGGAGCCAACAUGACUGUCAUCACCGGGAAGACGCUGGGGCUGUGUGUGACGGCAUGCCCCUUGGCUAUGUCCUCCCCACGGCCCCCACAGUGGGCCACAACAACACAACCACCAGGACUCUGACCCCCACGUCAACCCAGAUUUCCUGGACAGCUAGCGUCUCACCUCCACCAGUCUCCUCUACUGUCCCCCUAGAGCCCAGACCAGCAGCCGGGUUGCCCCACCUGCGUCUAGUGGCUGGAACCAGUAGGUGCUCAGGCCGGCUGGAGGUGUGGCACGCUGGACGGUGGGGCACAGUGUGUGACGAUGGCUGGGAUUCCAGGGACUCAGCUGUGGUCUGCCGGGAGCUGGGCUGCGGAGAGGCUCAGCAGUCAGAUCCUGCUGGUCGCUUCGGCUGGGGCGCUGGUCCCAUAUGGCUGGACGACGUGGCCUGUGUGGGGACCGAGACUUCACUUUCUAACUGUCCUGCUGCACCCUGGGGGAAGCACAACUGUGCUCACAACGAGGAUGUAGGGGUCACCUGCACAGGGACUCCGGGCCUGGACUCCAUCCCAGAUCCGUUCAGUUGGAGCUGGAUCCCAGAAUUAGGAAGAGAUCAGGAUGCCUGGCUCCCGGAGGAGCUGGCCACCAAGCCCUCUGCAAAGCUGGUCCCUAGCACUCCUGAGAAAACAACCACUAAGGCCCCACGGAAAAUGCCCAAGAGUACUAAGAAGUGGGUGACAAAAAAUGCAAGAAGGCCAACCACUCAACCACCAGCGAUGCCAACCACUAAAUACUCCAGGGGCUCGGGCACCCCAAGUCCCCUAGAACUAACCUCACAGACCACCACAACCCAGACCACUGAGGCCUCCCAAAGACCUCUCUCUGAGUUUACCACAAAGAUGACCACUGAGGCCUCCCACAGACCAACCUCAGAUACCACUGCGACGCUUACACCUCAGACCUCCCGAGAACCUGUCUCUAAGACCUUGGCAAUGCCAACCACUCAGGGCCCCCAUGAAAUGACCUCUGAGACCACUACCAAGCAGACCCUUCAGACCUCUGCAGAACCACCCUCCACUGGCACCACCUCUGGCUUGUCAGGUGAGAGUGGCCCCUUCUGGGUUCGUCUGGCCGAUGGGCCCAACCGGUGUGCUGGACGCUUAGAAGUGUGGUAUGCUGGACGCUGGGGCACAGUGUGCGAUGACAGCUGGGACCUUCGCGAUGCCACUGUGGCCUGCUGGGAACUGGGUUGUGGAAAGGUCCGGCCCCGAGUGGGCAAAACCCACUACGGCCCAGGGACGGGGCCCAUCUGGUUGGAUGAUGUGGGCUGCAAGGGCAGUGAGGCAUCGCUGAGCGACUGCCCUGCUGGGGCCUGGGGGAAGCACAACUGUGACCACGAAGAAGACGUGGGGAUCACCUGCACUGGCUACACAGAUGAUGAGGAUUAUCCGCCCUGGACCUGGGAUCCUACCUCAGGAGAGGACCUGGCCAAAGAGACCACUACUGCAGGGGUACCUGGACAAAGUUUCUCUAGAGGCACCACCAGUAGAGCUGAAGCUACCCCCCCAACAACAAGGCCCCUUCCGGACACAGGUGACAAGGAUUAUUAUGAAUUUUCCUGGACGUGGGACACACCUUCCAGAGGGGACCUGGCCAAGGGGACCCCCCCUGCAGGCCUCCCUGGACUCACUCUCAGCACUGGCAUCACUAGGAGCCCAGGCUACCGCUUUCUGACUCCAAGGUUCCGUGGGAACACAGGUUCCGCAAAGAAACAGUCUCCCGAGCACCGACUGCGACCUACUGCGGCCAGGACGGCGCCCCCAACCCCUUCCCCAGCUCCCCCCGCCUCGCCGGGCCCACCGCUGACCCCUCACUUCACCCCACAGGUGACCUCUGAGCCAUCACCUUCAAGGCGGGAGGUUACUUCCCACUCUCCUGACACUUGGCCACCAACCACUGACCUGGCCUCCUGGAUGAACCCUGACCCCUCCUCGACAGCUCCUGACUCCACUGUGGAUUCAGACCUGACCCCGGAGCUCUCACCCACCCCCCCAGCCACCUUGCCCAAAGAGCUGACCUCUGACCCGUCCGCACCUGCUGAGGUGACCAGCCAUUCCCAGACCUCAGCGCCUACCCCAGAAUCCUACACAACCCCAGACUUGGACACCACUUCACACACUGAUACUACUCCAGAACCUUCUGGAUCCCCAGACCCCUCCACAACCCCUCACUCCACCACCACCACUGGCUCCACUACACCCCCUCCUCACACCACAACUUCUGACUCUCCCACAACCCCCAUGAUGACCACUAAGUCCCUUCCAAUCUCCUUGGGGACCGAGCUUCCCUCUACCACUCCAGCCCUGAUGGUCAAGGUCAGCCAGUUCCCCAAGCUGACCUCUCUGGGGACCCUUCACCCCUCCACAACCAAGAUGCAGAGCCCAGAGCCUUCUCUAGUCUCCGAAUCCAGCUCCUUCAGGCCUUCUGCGGCCCCAAGCAUAGACUCAGUGUCCACUGGGGACUUCAAACCACCCAGAAGCCAGAGCCCUAAGCUAACCCCUCCACCCACAUACACCCCACUGUCAGCCCCAGACCCCACCAUGAGUCCUGACGCUCACCUCUUCUCCAUGGCCCACCCCUUGGAUCAACCUCCCCCUGACCAUCCUCCCCUAGGACCCACCCCUGGCCACAGCCCAGACCCCCUUGGCCCAUGUGUAGCCCCAACACCCCCUGUAAAGGUCAUGGCAUGUGAGCCACCGGCUCUGGUGGAGCUGGUGACCGCUGUGAGGGAUGUGGGUGUCCAGCUGCAGAGGCUGGCCCAGGCCCUGGAACGGGACCAGCAAGAGCGCCAGACCCUGGUGCUGGGGCUGACACAGCUGGUGGAGGCCACCCGAGGUCUGGGGCAGCUGGGUGAGGCUGUGAAGAGACUGGCAGAGGUUGCCCCCAGCACUUCCUCACCAACCACUACCACCCAGGAGGAGGAGGAGAGACCUCUGAGGGGAGAUGUAUGGUUCUAG